AUGAGCGAUUGGCAGGAAGCGAAGGAUCCCUCUGGCCGUUCAUACUACUACCAUACCGGGUCUGGCGAAACCAGUUGGGAGAAACCUCGAGAGUUAUACACAGAGCUAGAACUGAAGCUUGAGAAACAAGGUUGGAAAGUGGCGCAAGCUGAGGGAGGCGAGAUUUAUUAUUACCAUGAGGAGUCCGGAGAAUCCAGGUGGGAAGUACCUUCGUUGGCAGAGCAGCCGGAAUUAGUAGCGUCGGAGGCUCCAUCUGACGCGGCUGACCAAAGACCCGAAGCUUCCGAAAGUGUUGCUAAUCCGCAAGUUUCAGAGGAACCCGAGCUUUACAAGCUCAAUUCGAAACUCGUGGAGACCGUGGCCCUACCCAAGUCGGAAGCUGAAGUUCUGUUUUUAGAAAUGCUAGCAGACCACCAGAUUGAUUCUACUUGGUCUUUUAACAAGAUCAUCUCCGAGCUAAGUUGUUCAGAUCCUCGCUACUGGUGCGUAGACGAUGACCCGGUCUGGAAGCGGAAAAUGUUCGAGCAGUACCUGACCAAUAGGUCGGAAGACCAGCUGCUAAAGGAGCACUCGGCAGUCAACAAAUUCAAAGAGGCGUUCUGGUCUAUGCUAGCCCAGUGCUCGGGAAUCCACUAUUAUACGCGGUGGGUAACUGCCAAGCGCAUUUUCGCAAAUGAGCCCAUCUACAAGCACUCAGUGGUGAGUGAAAAGACUAAGCGCAAAGUGUUCGAAGAGUAUGUCGCAGAUCUUCGUGAAACGCAUUUUCAUGGGUUGGAAAAGACCAGAUCACAAGCCAUUACCGAGCUGCAAGACUACUUGAAUGCCAUACUCACAGACAGAGAAAACUAUAUCUCCUGGAAAGAGCUGUCAGAUACCUAUCUUUUUGACAAUAAUGCCCGGUUUAUGUCGAAUCGGCACUUCCAAACGCUUUCUAAACAUGACGUGCUGAAAGAAUACGUCAACAUAGUGGAAUCAUUCUCGUCACAAACCCUCCAGCAGCUUGAAUCGUCAAAAAGUGCAAACUACACGAUGGAUCGUAAGGCUCGAGACAGAUUUAAAAAGCUAUUGGCCGAGCACAAUGCGCGUAUAAAAUGCAACACCAAGUGGGAAGACCUGUAUCCGGUGCUCAAGUCUGAUUCCAGAUUCAAAGACAUCGUUGGGAGAAAUGGGUCAUCGCCAUUAGACUUAUUUUUGGACAUGGUGGAAGAAAAGGGACUGAUCAUGAAAGCACACCAGAGUAUAGCCAAUCAAUUUUUGAUAGAAAGAAAAUAUGAAUGGAACGUCGAACCUGAAGUAGACAAAGACGAGCUUUCUACCUUGUUAAAGAGCCACCCGCAAUUAUCAAUGUUAGACGACAUAGAUCGCUCGAUACUAGUGUCUAAACUUAUCGAGGACAGGGCUCAGAAGGUUCAGCAACAGAAAGAAAUAGAGCAAAGAUUGCUUGAACAAAGGAGAAGGUUCUUCACACUUCUUUUGCAUCGCGUUUUCUCUGAGUCGAGACCCAAACCCGCAACUUUCGAGGAGGCUCGCCCAAUUCUGCAGGAUUACCCAGAGUUCAGAGACUUGACAGAUGAAGAUGAGAGGCGGAAAUUAUUUCAAGUAUUCGAACCAACCAAAGCGCCAGUACAGCCUAGUAAUCCUUCCAGCGCAGAUCUUCUCCCGACAUCAAAGAUACCGCGAAAGCGCGCCCUCACACCAGUGGAACUCGAUUAUUAA